CGAAAACGGCCAACAGAAAAAGCGAAGCUCGCAGCCCCAUGAGAUAUGAAAGGCGCUCAUCUUUCCCUCCCGUGCUUUGCUUCUUAGCGCCGCGCCGACGAUGCUGGCGAGCGGCUAUCGCAUCUCGCACCACCUUCGAGAAUGCCAUCCCCACCAUCGCCGCUUGGGAUUGGCGCUGGGGCAAGGGCUCGACGGCGCCAGGAUCGUUCAGCUCUCGUCCCUGCUGAAGCCUCGCGCCGCUGCCACCGGCGACGGCGGCCGUCGGUCGCGGAACCGGUUGAGCGCUUCCUGCUUCGGCGUCCCCUCCCAAUCGCGUGGCGGAGUCCCCAUUCUGUCCGAUUGUUUCAGCCAACAGGAAAAUGCUCGCGAGCCUGUCUCUGAAGGGUCGUCCUUGGUGGCAGGAGGUAUUGUGGCUCUUGGAAAGUUUGAUGCACUUCACAUCGGUCAUCGAGAACUUGCUAUUCAAGCAUCGAAAGUUGGAACGCCAUUCCUUUUGUCCUUUGUAGGCAUGGCUGAGGUACUCGGUUGGGAACCUAGGAUACCUAUAGUUGCCAAGUCUGAUCGGCAGCGGGUUUUAUCCUCAUGGGCAUCAUACUGUGGAAAUGUCGUGCCUAUAGAAUUUCAAAUAGAAUUUGCAACUGUUCGGUAUCUCAGCCCUGAACAGUUUGUUGAGAAGCUAUCUAAGGAGCUAGGCGUGCGAGGAGUUGUAGCAGGUGAAAAUUACCGGUUUGGAUAUAAAGCUGCUGGUGAUGCAUUGGAAUUAUCAAGGCUGUGUCGGGAAUGUGGUAUGGGUGCUUAUAUUAUAAAGUCUAUAAUGGACAAGAACCAAGAAUUUUUCCAUAUAGAUGCCAGCGAUUUAAAUGAGAGAGGACAAGUCUCAUCCACCCGUGUACGGCAUGCGCUUGCUGCGGGAGAUAUGAACUAUGUGUCUGAGCUCUUGGGUCGCCGUCAUCGCCUUGUUAUAAAGACCAAGGGUCGAGAAGUAGUUAGUUGCCCAAAACAUUGUUUUUCGGCUCCCAAAUCCUGUUUAUUGAAUCUUGCCCCAAAGGAUGGAGUAUAUAAUAAUUGUUAUAUUGUCAAUAGUCAAGAAAACUUGGUACCAUGUGGAGUAGUAAUAGACACGAGAGCUAUCCAUGUGCAAAUGGAUGAAUCAGGUGUCUGUGACGAUUUUGGUAUUCGCGACUUUCAGCUCUUGCAUAUUGAAUUUGGCGAUUCAAGAGUCUGACUGCGCGUAUAAUAAAUGCCCGGUGAUUUCCUCUUCAUAGUGAGGUUUAAGUGUUUCAUUCA